CCCGGCCCGCGCGGGCCGCCCGCACCGCCGCUCCGACACCGCCGGGUCCCUGGGUGCAGGACGGAGAGGGCCAUGCCCUAGGGGAGCCCCACCAUGAGCCAAAGCGGGGCCUCGCGCCUGGCCGGCUCCCCGCCGCUGCCCGGGGGCUCUCUCCUGGCCCUGCUGGCCCCCGAGCCCUCCCCGUCUCCCCCCAGCGGGACACCCUCGCCCGGGCCCCCGCCGGCGUUGCUGGAAGGGGACUGGGAAGGGCGGGAGGAGCUGCGGCUGCGGGAGCUGGAGGAGGCGCGGGCGCGGGCGGCGCAGAUGGAGAAGACGAUGCGGUGGUGGUCGGACUGCACGGCCAACUGGCGUGAGAAGUGGAGCAAGGUGCGAGCCGAGCGCAACCGGGCGCGGGAGGAGGUGCGGCAGCUGCGGCACCGGCUGGAGGCCCUCACCAAGGAGCUGGCCACCCUCCGCCGCGACCGCGACCGCCCGGACGAGCGCCUGCCGCGGCCACCGCCACCGGCCAGCGCCGGCAGCCCACCCGCUGACGGAGCGGAGGGGGACGCCGGCCCUGAGCAAGAGCCUGUGCGGGAUGUGGGGGCUGAGGUGCCCCAAAAAGCCAAGGAGCUGGAGCUGAUGGAAAACAUCUUGACAAGCAAGCAGGAUGAGAGCUGGGAGCAGCGGGGCCCCCGGGCCUCCUUCAGCCGCCAGGAACGAAGCCGCCUGCUCUGGGAGGACGUCAGUGUCGUGGAGGAGGAUGCCACCAAAGUCACCGCCCUGAAGCUGAGGCUGGAUGAGUCCCAAAAAGUGCUGCUCAAGGAGCGGGAGGACAAGCUGGCACUCAGCAAGAACAUCGAGAAGCUGGAGGGUGAGCUCAGCCAGUGGAAGAUCAAGUAUGAGGAGCUCAACAAGAACAAGCAGGAGGUGAUGAAGCAGCUCAACAUCCUGAAGGAGAUUCAUCAGGAUGAGCUGGGGCGCAUCUCUGAGGACCUGGAGGAUGAGCUGGGUGCUCGCUCCAGCAUGGACAAGAAACUGGCUGAACUGCGUGCAGAGAUGGAGCGGCUGCAGGCAGAGAACGCGGCUGAGUGGGGCCGGCGGGAGCGGCUGGAGACGGAGAAGCUCAACCUGGAGCGGGAGAACAAGAAGCUGCGGGCGCAGAUCGAGGACCUGGAGGAGGUGCUGGCUCGCAAGCGGCGCCAGACGGCCAGUGCCCUGGACACUGACCUCAAAACCAUCCAGGCUGAGCUCUUCGAGAAGAACAAGGAGCUGGCCGACCUGAAGCACGUCCACACCAAGCUGAAGAAGCAGUACCAGGAGAAGAUGGCCGAGCUGGCCCAUGCCAAUCGCCGCGUGGAGCAGCACGAGGGAGAGGUGAAGAAGCUGCGCCUGAGGGUGGAGGAGCUGAAGAAGGAGCUGGCCCAAGCCGAGGAUGAGCUGGAUGAGGCCCACAACCAGACGCGGAAGCUGCAGCGGUCGCUGGAUGAGCAGACGGAGCAGAGCGAGAGCUUCCAGGUGCAGCUGGAGCACCUGCAGUCACGGCUGCGGCGGCAGCAGAGUGCCCCGCUUUUCGGCAAGAUGCGCAGCGCCCGCUUCGGCCCCGACGACGCUGGGGACGGCACCAGUGACCCCGACGAGGAUGAGGACCUGCAGAUACAGGGCCCAGCUGUGCGGUGAUCCUUGUAUAGAUGGGGAAACUGAGGCACGGAGCGGUGGGGAGAAAUUUGCCCAGGGGUGCUCCAAAUCCCACUGCCUCCUGGACAGUACUGGAUGCCCCUUCGCCACAGGCAUCUCCUGGAACACUGGUGUGGCCACCAAAGCCAGCAUCACUGAGCAGCCCAGGACGAGGAGGCGCGGGCAGAGAGGCACCAAGCCUGGCAGCCACAAACUGCCCACUUCUUUUUAUAUAUAUUAUAUAUAUGUAUGUAUUUGUAUAUGAUUUUUUAUUAUAAAUACAGAGCCCAGA